GCCUUUUCUUCUUCAUCCAUCCAUCCUCGGGGAAUUCAUAGAGAGAGAGAGAGAGAGAUACCUCCUCCCACAAAUCUCACAUUUUUCUUCUUAAAAAUUGUUUUUUGGGCCUAAAUUUGUCAGCUUUUGUCUCAUUGCCCGGCAGAAAGCAGAGAUUCCUUCAUUUUGAUGCAAUCCUUUCUUCUCGCUUUCUGUGACAAUCACCAGCCUUACCCCCGACAAUGGUGUCUCCCCUGUCGCCGCCAUGGCGCCGUCUCCCCCUCGUUGCCGCCCUCCUCCUGAUCGCCGUUUCCGUCGCCUCCGCCUCUUGCGACAACGAGCAAUUGGUGAAAGUUAAAACAUGGCUUGAUGGCAAAAACGAUAAAACAUUUGGUGGUUUAAGUGCAAGCUUUAGUGCUUUGUUGCCCUCAGAUGCCAAAAAAGGUCAGAAAUUGGCUGCUGUUAUUCCAGAUCCUGCAAAUGGUUGCUCAAAUUCCUCUGUAAAGCUAUCUGGAUUGGUUGCCUUGGCUAUGCGUGGUGAAUGUGAUUUUACUGCCAAGGCAGAAAUUGCACAAGCUGGAGGUGCUGCCGCCAUUUUGGUGAUAAACACUGAUGAAGAUCUAUUUGAGAUGGCUUGUCCUAAGGACAAUUCCACUCUCAAUGUAUCAAUUCCUGUUGUUAUGGUUGCAAAGUCAACAGGAGGUUCUCUGAAGUCCAUGGUAGGUUCAGGGAAAGUGGAAAUCCUACUAUAUUCACCAGAUCGUCCUAUUGUUGAUCAAGGAGUUUUAUUUCUCUGGUUAAUGUCUGUUGGAACCAUCAUCUGUGCUUCCCUUUGGCAAGACAUGACAACAACUGAGCAGACGGAUGAGCGCUAUAAUGAACUAUCCCCAAAGGAGUCUUCUCAUGGUGGAGCUGUUAAAGAUGAUUCCGAGAAGGAAGUCUUGGAUAUCAGUGUGAAGGGUGCUAUCUUUUUUGUGAUUUCAGCAUCGCUCUUUCUCGUGCUGCUCUAUUUCUUCAUGUCAUCGUGGGUCUUUUGGUUGCUGAUAGUCCUCUUCUGCAUUGGUGGCAUUGAGGGGAUGCAUUCUUGUAUCAUGGCUAUCAUAGCAAGGACAUGUAAAUGCUGUGUUCGAAACACUGUUCAUUUACCUCUCUUUGGGGAAACGGCUAUUGUCUCUAUUAUUGUACUAUGCCUCUGUUUAGCAUUCGCCAUCUUCUGGGUUAUACAUCAGGCAGCAUCUUAUGCUUGGAUUGGUCAAGACAUUCUUGGGAUCUGCAUGAUGAUAACAGUCUUGCAGGUUGCUCGUCUGCCCAAUAUCAAGGUUGCUUCUGUACUGCUGUCAUGUGCAUUUCUUUAUGACAUCUUCUGGGUCUUCAUUUCACCUUUCUUCUUCAAAGACAGCGUUAUGGUUGCGGUUGCUAAGGGUGAAAACAGUGGUGGAGGUUCCAUUCCGAUGCUCUUGAGAGUUCCUCGGAUCUCUGAUCCUUUCGGUGGUUAUGAUAUGAUUGGCUUUGGGGAUAUCCUAUUUCCUGGUUUGCUUGUUUGUCUUCUUUUCAGAUUCGAUAGAUCAAAUAAGAGAGGCGUACUGAAUGGAUACUAUUUCUGGGGUGUUGUUGGAUAUGCAUGUGGUCUCUUGUUUACAUACCUCGGGCUGUACCUGAUGGAUGGGCAUGGACAACCUGCACUUCUUUAUCUUGUUCCAUGUACAUUAGGACUAUCCCUUGUUCUGGCUCUGAUAAGAGGAGAACUGAGAUUGCUUCUGUCCUAUGGCAACGAUUCGACACCAGACCCGUCUGGACAAGCUUGAACCACGAAUGCUAUGGCUACUCUCUCAUCUGCGCCCACCCGAUAAGAAGGUCAAAUCGGUGAGAAGACUCUUGUUGUGACUGGAUCUCUGUCAGGGGAAGGCCUUUAUAUAUACAUAUGUAUUUUUUUGUAAAGAGAAGCAAAAGGGCUUCUUCCCCGUCAGUUUUACACACUAGGAAUUAAAACUGACCAUCAUUUGCUUUGAGAAUCAUUCUGCAAGGACAAAAGAAUCUUUUUGUUAAUAUGAAUGUGGGAAGCAGUGUGACAUUUUCAUCCUUUUUACGUAUGAAAUCUUUCUGUUGCUGUAA